AUGACGAACGCAUCCACGACGAUCGCGGUGAAGUGGCAGGGGAAGCAGUUCACGGUCACGGUCCCGGAGGAAGCGGACGUCGCGUGCUUGAAACGAUGCAUCGAGGCGGAGACGAACGUCCAACCGAAGCGCCAGAAGCUCCUGAACGUGAAGCAGGGCCCCAAACCCGCGGCCGACGACGCGGCGCUCGCGUCUCUGAAGAUGCCGAAGGUCGUGAUGUGCAUGGGAAGCACGGAGGCGAGCAUCAACGAGGUCGUCGUCGCCGCGGAGCAAGCCCCGGAGGUCGUGGACGACUUCGACGUCGGCGUGGACGAGAAGAUCGACGUCCGGGAUAAGGAAGAGAACGUCGAGAAGCUGCGGAGGAGGAUCGAAAAGUACAAGGUGGAGCCGCUGAACCCGCCGCGGGACGGGAAGAAACUUCUCGUCCUCGACAUCGACUACACCCUGUUCGACCACCGCUCCACCGCGGAGGCGCCGCACGAGCUCAUGCGACCGUACCUGCACGAGUUCCUGACCGCGGCGUACGAGCACUACGACAUCGCGAUAUGGUCCGCGACCGGGAUGAAGUGGAUCGAGGUGAAGAUGAAAGAGCUCGGGGUGUUGAACAACCCAAACUAUAAGCUCCUUCAGCUCGUGGACCACGGCGCGAUGAUCACGGUGCACACGGAGAAGUACGGCGUGUUCGACUGCAAACCCUUAGGGUGGCUCUGGGCGAAGUUCGACGGCAGGUACGGCGAGCACAACACGAUCAUGUUCGACGACUUGCGCAGGAACUUUGUCAUGAACCCGAAAAACGGUCUGAAGAUUCGGCCGUUCCGCAAGGCGCACAUGAACAUGGCCACGGACGUCGAGCUCAGGGAGCUGACGAAGUACUUACUCGCGAUCGCGCCGUUGCCAGACUUUGGCGUGUUGCGGCACUCGCGGUGGGAGUCGUACAUCGCGGACUCGACGUACGAGUAG